UCUUUUCCCCAGCCCUAAUAAAACGGGAGUAAGAUCACAUUUUCUCUUGGAAAAAUAAACUCCACACAGAUCGGAAACCUCACCGCACGCCACAGCCUUCCCCGCCCCAUCCGCCACCGUCGCCAUGGGUAGAGGCAGAGGAGGCCGCAACCGCAAGCCCCGCAACUCCGCCACGUUCCGCCUCUGCCCGCGCCCCGGCGCCGCCGACCCCUCCGACCGCGUCCUCGUCCGCGUCGACGGCAACCCGUACCGCGUCCCCGGCCUCGACGACGACGACGACGACGCCUGCUGCUACUUCGAGGGCGCCGAGCCCUCGUCCUCGCCCUCCGGGGCCGCCCUCCCCGACCACGUCCGCCGCGCGAUCCUGGAGCUCGGCCUCCCCGACGACGGCUACAACUACCUCGCCCACAUCCGCGAGAUCCGCCCCUCGUACUCCUCCACCGGUGGCGGGGGCUCGUCCGCCGUGUUCCUCCCCACCCGCCGCGCUGCGCGCUGCGGUCUCCCGCUGAGCGUCAAGGCAUACGACGCGCGUGGUGUUGAUGUUGGUCUGGACAAUGUCGCUGCAACGGGGGCGCUGAUUCCAGUGGAGGAGGCCAUCGACCCGGAUGUCACCGAACUGCUCGAGGAGAGCGACAACGUUCCACCGGGGUCCUUGGAGGAUGAGGAUGAAGAGAGUGAGGUGCCACCGGGGAUCGUGGAAGAUGAGGAUGAGGAGAGCGAGGUCCCACCGGAGACCUCGGAGGACGAAGAUUCGGAGCUGGAGGACGAUUUUGUUAUCAUUGCAAAUCAGCCCGAGGAGGAAGACCAGAUGGAUCUGGAGGACGAUUUUGUUAUCCUUGCAAACCAGUCUGACGGCGAAGAGCAGAUGGACGUGAUGGCCAGCAGGUUGGAGCGAGGCAGUUUCAUGGCUGCCUUAUGGGCAUGUUAAAAUGCUUGCUUUGGGAAAGAAUGCUGCGGUAAAGAAGUCCCAGAAAGCUGUUAGGGGUCCGUCCUUGUCGGCGCACCUUGUGUGCUGAUUAUUUAUCUUAUAUAUAUUGUGUUGAUAGUGAACUGUUUGUCAUAGCACUUCGAUUGUCAGUAGGAAUAAUAUUGAACAUUUGUGCCAAAUGUUGUGCACGCACAAAUUAGGUUUCCUUUGGUAGAUAAAAACUGAUGGGUGAUGUACGACAAUUCAUCUUCGACCGUACCGCUCUCCCUAGAUUAUGUUUCAAAACUCGUAAUGCAAGAUGUACAAAGUUGUCGUCGUCUCGUUGUGAUAUGCUUAUUUGUUCCAGCGUUUUGCCUGGUGCAUGAAUGCUCUUACUGUUGAAUAUUGAAGAUACUUACCACCUUCAA